AUGGAGGAGACAUAUUUAGGGUUGUCCAGGAGUAAGACACUGACGAUUCAUAACGGAAGCGAUUACAUUGUCACGUACAAGUGGAUGCUUCUCAAGGACAUCGAUGCUGACGAGCAACGGAAGGAAGAAUACAGAAACUUGUUUCAUUUGGUGUACAAAACGGAGCUGAUUCGUUGCACCGAUCUUGUUCAUUACAACGUGUGCCUGCCCGACAUUCAUCAGCUGGUCUAUCAACGGAUCUACGCGGACGAGAUCGAGUCACUGAAGAAGGAAACGUUCCAAUAUUCUCACAUAUCCUUCAAGCUCACGCCAGAGAUAGUAGUCGCUAACAAAGGCCACAUUCCUGGCACGCUGAUCUACAAGCCGAAACCAACCGAUUUCGGCGGUUCGAUCGAAAUCACACCGUCCACUCUAUCCUUGGGUCCAGACGAGCACACAGCUAUCAUCCUGAGAUUCACCUCGAAUCGUAAGGGUGAUUUCGUCGAAAGGUUGGAUUUCAUUGUUAAAGAGAGCCUCGAGGUGCACAGCUUGCAUAUCAAGGGUUCCAUCGUGUUCCCGAAGUUGUACUUCGACAAGGAAAGUCUUGAGUUUUGUAACACCCCUUUAGGUUUCAGCAGAAAACACGAGGUUUCUCUUAACAAUCUGUCGCCAGUUCCCGUGUCAUUUAGCGCGACUAUAGCCAACGACGGGCAUCAAACGUGUCUGACACAAGAAGAGUUCGCGAAAGCACUAACAAAGCCCAGUUUCCCUUCGGAUCCUCGAGAAUUCAUUGUCACCCCUCAGUCGGGGGUGGUUCCCGCCGGUAGCUCCCUCAAACUGAAAGUCGUUUACACCGCAAACAUCGUCCGCGAAGGUCACACGAAGAUGGAAAUCGAUUUGUGGGACUCGGAUUCGGAUGCGCUGGCGUUGCCGAUCACGUUUAGUGGCGCUGUGACUUCUCUGACGAUCGUUCCGAAGGAGAUCACCAAUCGAUUUUGCUUUCUGAAUCAGCCGACCACGGAAACGUUCAACAUAGUGAACGCGUCAGACCUGGACGGAUAUUUCUACUUGCUGCCUCAGCGAGUUUCGGACGAUCCUCCAGUGAUAUAUUCUCUGUCAACGAACCAGGGCAUCGUCAAAGCUCAUCAGACAAAAACCGUCAGCGUGACGGUGAUCGCGAGGAUCCUGGGACAGCAAACAGUGACUAUUAAGGUUAAAUGUAGUUUGCAAACGGGUAGAUUUGAUUUGCAAAAAGUUGAAUUUGGAAUAGAAAAACAGAAUGUAUGGUUCAUCGCCCUCAGUAUGUUAACAAUGGGAGAGAAUUCUACGAACGUGGCUUGCACGAUCAACUACGUGGGCCAAGGACCCCUCGUCUCUACAGAACCGACAGCUUUGAAUUUGGGCGAAGUUCCAGUUCUUCAAGAUAAAACGACGAACUUCUUGGUUAUCAACGAUUCACCGAUACCGGCUCAGUUCUCAGUAUCCACGCACAAGAAAGAUUUACUGUGGACUGUAAAUCCGCAUAGUGGCUGCCUCGAGCCAAACGAAUCGAUCAAGAUCGACGUGACGCUGCGUCUCCAUGACGUCGGUAAAUUCUUCGACAGAAUCGUGCUGGUCUUUGUAAACAGCCAAAUGGUCAGCGUCGAACUGAGAGCGAUCGGAAUCGGUUGCAGUGUCGUUUUUGAGCCGGAAAUAUUUCCCGUCUUCGAUUGGGGCUUUCUGCUCAGUCACCAAACAAUUCAUCGAACCAUAACGCUGACAAAUUACAGUAGUAACGCGUAUCAGAUUAUCUGGUCGAAUAAGCCAGAGAUACAAUUCAAUCGAGGUCAACUGAUAGGACCCGAAACCUCGAAGUUUCAAGUGAAACCUUCUGUACUCGAAAUUCCAUCUGAAGGAAAAACGGUUGUGCAAUGCGAAUUAUUUUGGAAAGAGAACGAGUGUUUAAUGGAGAACUGGUACGUGUUCGGUAAACCUUCGACGAGCUCGAAACGCGAACUGAUCGGUACGUCGCUUUUCAAGUGCACCCUAACGGAGCCUCAAAUAUUCUUCGACAAAAAGGAACUACUGUUUCGCGUCGACAUCUCGACAGACGAUAACAAAUUCCAUCAGACAGAAGAAUUGCUGGUAACGAAUCGCUCGAAGUUGGACGUGCACGCGAGACUCUCGAUCAAACCGCCGUUUCACAUACUGAACGACGAAAAGGUGUACGUACAGAGCAUGAGAACCGUUUUGAUCGACGGCGAUGCCACCAAGAUCCAUCUGUUCUUUUCGUUCGACAGCAACAACCUCUAUUCGCGAAAUUACACAGAGGCGCUUCGAUUCGAAUACGACGAGCAUCCUAAUCAGGACAAAAUCGCGUGCAAGGGAUUCGUUAACUUUCCCAAUCUGGUUUUGGAGCCGGCGAAUUUCACUGUUAAUUGCCAACUUGGCUCGAGUGCCGAGAAAAUAUUGACGUUGACCAAUGAUGGCCCCGUAUCGGUCGUGUACAAAUUCCUGUGGAUGGAGGACUCCAUCGAUGUGGAACGCGACACGCAUACCUAUCACGAAUGCACGAUGCGCACACAAGAAGCAACGAAAUUAUUAACUCCAGACGCCCCUGUGUCAGCUGUAACAAAUGAAGAUACUUCCAUAAGCGACAGGCAAAAUGGAGGCGGAGACGGGAUGAUUCGAUCGAUACCACCGCCAACAAAUUCACCUGUUUCAGAGACGCACGCGCAGAAACUGGAUAAUACGGACGAUAAUAAUACGGAUGAGAACAAUUGCACAGUGUCCGAUAACGAAUUAAGGGAAUUCUUACUGCCUAUGGUUGGGAAAUACUUUAAACAAGACGUGGGUCUUACUGCUUUCGAACUAUUGACGGACGAACCUCCGAAAACACAUUUUAUAAACACCGUACUAGAAAUCAUUCCGCGCGAAGGAAUCGUACCGCCGUAUACAGUGCAACACGUCCACGUGGGAUUCCACGGUUUUAAACGAUUUCAAAUGAAAGCUACGGCGAUCUGUCAAAUUUCACAGGGUCCCACCGAACAAGUGCAGAUAUUCGCUCGAUCGGACGAAAUUCAAUUCUUGAUAAACACUGAAAAAAUCGAUUUUGGCGAACAGGUAUUUUUGGAAUCCAAUCACAAGAUGCUGAUAUUAAAGAACAACAGCAGAACAGCGUUCGACUAUAAAAUAACCGGCUUGGAUUCCGCCUAUGACAAAAGGAUCGAUAGAUUCAAUAUAAAUCCGCUCAUAGUCGAGCCGCACGUGGGAUCCGUAGAACCUCAUUCGUUCGUAGAAUUUCAUUUGGAGCAUCGUACCACGAUUCUAGGUCCAAUCGAUCAUCGGUUUCAGUUGGAGAUCGGUCAUUUAAUGCCCCUAACGAUAACUGUGAACGCGUUCGGAUCAUUUCCGCAAGUGUUCCCGUGUAUUCCACAGAGAAAUCUCCACGAGGAGCGUACGAUCGAAGUGGAAUACAUUGCGAUACAAUCGUUGAACGACGAAUAUCUUAUAAACAAGCUGAACGUGACAACGAACGAUUGGCCGGAAUGUAAUCUCGUCGAGGAGCAAAGCAAUUUGCCCGAGGAUCUUGUCGAAAUUUUGAUCGGCGAGGAAUGGAGCGUCGUUUCGUACGAGGAAAUAUUCCCUCGCGUCGUGGACAUAGAAAUGGCGGUGGAGAGACAUUUGGCAAGGGAACUCGUCGACGGGAAUUCAUACAUCUUAAUACAGUACGCCGCCAGGCGCAAGAACGAGCCGAUUCCUCAUCUCUUUUCGUCCGUGUACGUUAUCGACAUGCAUCACGUGAUCGUCGAACAAGUCACAGAAUAUUCGACCAGAAUUAUCAAUUACGGCCCGUGGAACGUGAACAUGCGAAUGCAAAAAUCUCAGGAAAAUAAUCAUAUCGAGAAAACAGACAUCGUGGUACAAUUAAAGAAACAACCGAACUUGAUGGUCGGCGACUCCGCCAUCCUUCGAGUAACUUGGCAUCCCACCAGAGAGAAGUACGGAGAAAGAUGUACGCGUGUGAUACACACAGUUUAUAUCGAGGUGAUCAGAGGGUGCACCAUUCCGAUAACCAUCAAAGGAACGGUAACGUAUCCUUAUGUAACGGUGAACACAAAAUUUCUAGACUUCCAAAAAGUCCUCGUGGGCGAAUGCUUAGUCAUGUGUGUCCAGAUAACAAACGAGUAA